CGCUCUCGCGGUACUUUGAUGUCAUCCGCCUGUCGGAUUUUGCGGCGCCGUAUCAUGUCGAACACGCCCAUUGAGAUAUCGAACGUCUGCUGACGUCUCAUCUGCGUCACAGAUAUUUCUCAGGAGAAAUAGAGGCAGAAAUUUCAGAAACGAGAUCUCAACAAUGUCACAAACGGAACUCAGAAUUUUCCAAAUUUAGAUUAUUUUCCUUUAUAAUCUACAUUCAUUUUACACCUCCAUACUCUUAAUAUAUUAGAACAAUUUGUUCAGUUGUUUUUUAAGCAUUUUUUUGGACAAACGUCAAAGACUAAAGAGAUAACACAACUGCUAUGAAAGAGCAACAUCUGAGCAAAAACGAACUGAAUUUGACACAGGCAGUGCAAAAAAACCCUCUUCUUUCAUUUUCUUUUAUGGGAAAGGCAUUAAAGGAGUUGCAGAAAAACCCUUCAGCGCCUACAGUUACAGACACUACAAUAUGUCAACAAAAAUAUACCUGUAGCUGCUUUUGGACCGGUAAAUUCACCUGCUACAGUUACAACAACUGUAUGUUAUUUAGAAACGUGAGGCUAAACAACAUGACAAAAAAUAAACAGAAUAAAACUCACAAAGAAGUUCGUUGUUUACGUUUUACGCAUCUUCAUGUCGUUACAAAGCCUUGUAUUUCUUCCUCCGCUUAGCAGGAUGUAAUUUCCUUUAUAAACUGUAUCUGUCACGUUUUAAGGGCCAUUAAAAGUCCAUACGCAUUACUACACGCUAUCUUUGUGAAAACGUGAUCAGAUUAUGCGUAUGUGCGGCGCUGCGCAGACCAAUCGGCCUGCGACAACAAAAUACCGCGAGAUUAGACUGCACUAUAUUACCUCGAAUCGGUCUCGCGGUACUUGAUGUCAUACGCAAAUUGAUCUGCCCUGCAUCGCAUGGAGUCGUACACACCUGUUAGUUUUUAAUGCAGUGAUGCAAAUGUGAAGCCGCGUUCGUGUCUUUUUUAUGAGACGUUUAUAUACUGGAUGGGACAUUUUACAAAUGCAAUAAUUUAGAGGGUCGUAUCAAAGAACAGAAAUCAAACGCAGUAAACUCUAUUUGAAAAUCCUCGUCCUGGACUGUGAUUGGUUCAUCCUAAUAAACGCCGGAUAAAGGAACAGGUUACACAGGUUAGCUUCGGCAUCGAUUGGGGUCUGCCAUUUGCACGUGCCCAACUGCCAUAAUGUUAAAAGAAUCUGGGGCAAUUAAAUAUUCACCCUUUUAAGACUUUAAACAUUAAUGUCUAUAUUGCAUUGAUUUGAAAAUGCAUUUAUUGUAUGUAUUUUAAGCACUUACUGUGAAGUUGUUUAUUUGUUUGUUUAUUUAGGUAGGUCACCGCAUUUGUGAUUAUAGUUGAUAAAUGUCAUUGUCAUGAACAGUAAGACUGCUAACUGUUUGUAGAAAACAAAGAAACGUACUGAUUUGUCCUUAAUAAAUGGCAGCUGAAUUGUUGUAUUAUUGAAUUGUUAUGUAUUAACGUUACUGUAUUGACUGUAUUUGUUUGCUCAGUUAUACAUGUUAAUUUCUCCGUUUUCGUGAACUGGUAAUAUUUAUCUAUUUACCACUGGAGGUCAGACUGUCAUGGACAUUGUUGCUAUGCGCUCGUGUUCCACAGGGGGCAGCAGAGAUUAAGAGCAAUGCAUUUCUUCCCAUGAAAAACAUCAUGAAGUUCAUCGGUUGUUUGUGUAAAUGCUAUAUUUUUGCAGUUUUCUCCCCCACAAAACAAAAAAGUACAUACUAUGCUAAAUUUGAAAUUUCACAUCAGAUCAUUUAGGUUUUUAAUACCAUAUUUCACUUUUAAAUUAAAGCAAGUUGAAAACAGGGAAUAAUGUUACAUAGGCCUGAAGAAGACAACCAGCAUUCACAUGGUAAUGAUCUGUUUUGUCCGUGUUACUGUAUGUGUCGUCAGUAUGUAAAACACAGAGUUAAUAUUACACAUCAUGGGAGCUGCUGAUGCGCGCACCUUCACACGUCUAGCGCAUCUUUAUGCAAAUAAAAACGGUCAGCAAGUUUAACGACGAUAGUUGAAGUUCCUUGUUUUUUUUUGGUUACAGUUUAAAGGUUUCAUUUAAUUGCAGUUGCCAACAACCAGUUACACCAACUACCAGUUCAGAUAGGCUUGUCUCUUCAGCUGGUAUGGGCUGUGUGAGCUCCAGAUCAAAGAAUGAGGGAGUGAUGGGGAAGCGUAAUACUCAGACACUUCAAACCAACCGCUACAGCACGGACCCAACAAGAUCCGAGAGGCAUGCACCCUUGCUUCCUGGACAAAAACUACAAGAUAUGCACGCUUGCAGUGCACAGGAGCAAACUGUCAACGCCCUGUAUUCUUAUGAAGCUGUUAAAAACACUGAUCUGAGCUUUAAGAAAGGAGAGAGACUUAAAGUAUUAAAGGCGGAUGGUGAUUGGUGGACAGCCAAAUCACUUUCUUCGGGACAGGAGGGUCUUAUACCUUCAAACUAUGUCACGGCAGCAAAUGAAUGGUUUUUUAAGAACAUCAGCAGAAGGGAUGCUGAGAGACAGCUGCUCGCCCCCGCCAACAAACCAGGAGCUUUUCUCAUCCGGGAGAGCGAGACAACUCCAGGGAAUUACUCCAUGUCAGUCAGAGAUGUAAAUGCUAACGGUUCAGAUAUGAUCAAGCAUUAUAAGAUCCGGUCGCUUGAUAAAGGAGGAUUCUACAUUUCUUCCAGAAUCACUUUCACACACAUACAAGAUCUCAUCUCGCACUACAAGAAGAACUCAGAUGGACUUUGUAGACGUUUGGAUAAAGUGUGUGUGAGACCUCAGGUCACCGCACCGUGGGAUGAGGACGCUUGGGAGAUCAGCAAAAAUGACCUUCGCAUGUUGAACAGACUCGGUGCUGGACAGUUUGGAGAGGUUUGGAUGGCGUACUAUAACAACAGCACUAAAGUAGCGGUUAAAACGCUGAAGCCUGGCAGUAUGUCUGUGCAAGCUUUUCUUCAGGAGGCAAAUCUCAUGAAAAACCUUCAACACGAGCGUCUCGUUCGCCUUCAUGCCGUGGUGACCAAAACUCCCCCCAUCUAUAUCAUCACAGAAUACAUGGCUAACGGAAGCCUGCUGGAUUUCUUGAAGAGCCCAGCCGGGAGAAAACUGAAGCUCCAUAAACUCAUUGACUUCUGCGCCCAAAUAGCAGAAGGCAUGGCGUAUCUCGAAAAGAAGAACUUCAUCCACAGAGAUCUAAGGGCUGCGAAUGUUCUUGUCAGUGAAAGUCUGCUGUGUAAAAUCGCAGACUUCGGUCUCGCGAGAGUCAUCGAAGACAACGAGUACUCGGCCAGAGAGGGAGCUAAAUUUCCUAUCAAAUGGACAGCACCUGAAGCCAUUAACUAUGGGACAUUCACUAUUAAAUCAGACAUGUGGUCUUUUGGUGUCCUAAUGUAUGAAACUGUCACAUAUAGCAAAGCACCAUACGCAGGCCUCAGUAACAGGGAGGUGAUAGCACGAGUUCAGCGGGGAUAUCGCAUGCAGCGUCCAGAGCACUGCUCUAAAGAACUCUAUGAUGUGAUGCUGUCAUGCUGGAAGGCCAAACCAGAGGAACGGCCUACUUUUGAAUACAUGCAGAGCGUUCUAGAAGACUUUAACACAGCCACAGAGGGCCAAUACCAGCAACAAUAACCAUCAACACACAUCAGGACACGCCUUCACAUUUGACCACCCGAUUGAGUUUAGAAUAGUUUUAUUACACAUAAAAGUACAUUAAAUACCUAAAACAAAUUAAACACAUCAGUGCUGUCACG